GUGUAAUCCAAGGUCAAAAGGUCGAACGCUACUGUAAAGGUUCAGCAGCGUGUCGAGUAUUCGUGGAAUCGUGUUUAGUUGCACGUAAGACCUUGCAAGUUAAACAUCAAGUUAUACAUUGUGCGUUCGCAAGUAAGAUCCUAUAACGUCCAAAAUGGGAGAAAGAAAGUUUUUCGUUGGAGGUAACUGGAAAAUGAAUGGCACCAAAUCUGAAAUCAAUGGCAUUGCCGAGUUUCUGAAGAAAGGACCUCUGGAUCCCAAUGUUGAGGUGGUUGUUGGCUGCCCACAAUGCUACCUUGCUUAUUCACGCGAGACUGUGCCACAUAACAUUGGUGUUGCUGCCCAGAACUGUUACAAGGCAGCAAAAGGAGCUUACACUGGAGAGAUUGCACCUGGCAUGAUCAAGGAUCUGGGCUGCGAGUGGGUGAUUCUUGGCCAUUCGGAGCGUAGGAACGUCUUUGGAGAGUCUGAUCAGCUGAUCAGUGAGAAAAUUGGAUUUGCCCUCUCUGAAGGACUCAAGGUGAUCCCAUGCUUUGGAGAACAGCUGGCAGAGCGUGAGAGCGGCCGCACCCAGGAGGUUGUGUUCUCUCAGCUGGCCGCUAUGAAGCCUAACAUCACUGACUGGUCUAGGGUGGUGCUGGCCUACGAGCCCGUCUGGGCCAUCGGAACAGGCAAGACCGCGACGCCGCAGCAGGCCCAGGAGGUGCACGCCCAGCUGCGCCAAUGGCUGCGCGACAACGUGAGCGAAGAGGUGGCGAACAGCACACGCAUCAUCUACGGCGGCAGCGUAACGGCCGCGACCUGCAAGGAACUCGCGUCCAUGCCUGACAUCGACGGCUUCCUCGUCGGAGGCGCCUCACUCAAGCCCGAGUUUGUCGCCAUCAUCAACGCCAAGUGCUAAUUUUGUUGCACUGAUUGCUAUUAUACGUUCAUGUUGCUGGUCUAGAACAUGAAUAUUAUUUACUGUUCUAUUACAAUGAUAGUUUCUACUUCAUAAAUUACGGUUAAUUGGAAUACAUUUGACGUCGCUGCAGUGGACGAAGUAAGACGUAAGUAUAUAUAGGUAGCCUAUCAUGAUAAAUUUUCAGCAUGGCAUCUCCCACCCUUGUUACAAAUUGGAGGAAUUUGCGUUCUUCACUCACUCAUGACCACGAACUAGUCGACAAAGAUUUUGACUUUACAUUGUGAUACGCUAUAUGAUUAUAUUUAGAACGUUUUUAUUUUUUCUGAAAUUCUAUCUCCGUUACUUAUCUUCUCUACAGUAUGAGUCAAACGAUGUUAGAAAGCAUUUUUCUUCAAGCAUGCAAAUGAACUGGUUACAAGCUUAGAAUAAAUGCGUAUGCACCAGUCUUCUGUGGUUAAUUGAACUUAAAACAAAUAAAAUUGAACUUGAAA